UCGGGGCGGGCGGGGUUUGGGCCUCCGGGGCUGCGGCCCCUGUCGCUCUGCGUCACGGCGUGCGUGGGUGGGCCGAGCGCUUCCGAAAUGCAGCGGGAACUGGUGAGCUUCCCGCUGUCCCCCGCGGUGCGCGGGAAGCUGGUGGCCGCGGGCUUCCAGACGGCCGAGGACCUCCUGGAGGUGAAGCCCUCCGAGCUCAGCAAAGAGGUUGGGAUAUCUAAAGAGGAAGCUCUAGAAACUAUACAGAUCGUAAGAAGAGAAUGUCUGACAAAUAAGCCAGUAUGUGCUGGUCCAUCUGUAGCAGCCAAGAAGUGCACAGCUCUGGAACUUCUUAAGCAAGAGCACACCCAGGGCUUCAUAAUCACCUUCUGUUCAGCACUGGAUAACAUCCUGGGGGGUGGAAUACCCCUAAUGAAAACGACAGAAGUCUGUGGUGUGCCAGGUGUUGGGAAAACACAGUUAUGCAUGCAGUUGGCAGUAGAUGUGCAGAUUCCGGAAUGUUUUGGAGGAGUGGCAGGUGAAGCAGUGUUUAUUGAUACAGAAGGAAGCUUUAUGGUUGAGAGAAUGGUAAGCCUUGCAACUGCCUGCAUUCAGCACCUUCAUCUCAUAGCAGGGACACACGUGGAUGAAGAACAUCAGAAAGCCUUGGAGGACUUUACUCUUGAAAAUAUUCUUUCCCAUAUUUACUAUUUUCGUUGUCAUGAUUAUACUGAGCUGCUGGCACAAGUCUAUCUCCUUCCAGAUUUCCUUUCAGAUCAUUCAAAGGUGCAGCUGGUAAUAAUAGAUGGUAUUGCUUUUCCUUUUCGUCAUGACUUUGAUGAUCUAUCCCUUCGUACUCGAUUACUAAAUGGUCUAGCCCAACAAAUGAUCAGCCUGGCAAAUAAUCAUAGAUUAGCUGUUAUUUUAACUAAUCAGAUGACAACAAAGAUUGAUAAAAAUCAAGCAUUUCUUGUUCCUGCAUUAGGGGAAAGCUGGGGACAUGCUGCAACAAUAAGGCUAAUUUUUCACUGGGAACAAAAGCAAAGGUUUGCAACAUUGUACAAGUCACCAAGCCAGAAGGAGUCCACGAUACCAUUUCAGAUCACACCUCAGGGGUUUAGAGAUGCUGUUGUCACCACUACGUCAUCGCAGACAGAAGGCUCUUUGAAUUUCAGGAAACGGUCACGAGAACCAGAGGAAGAAUGCUGACCCAAAACUAAUGUCAGCGCAUCCAGUUAAACUGAUGAUGUGUUAUUUAGUGUGUAGAAGUGGAACACAGAAGUAAUUUAUACUUUAAAAUAUGAACAGUUACUGUGGCACGAAUGAAUCAGAGUUAUAUGAUGUGAAUGGAAAAAUAAUUUGCAGAAUCUUCUCCCCUGUAAAAGCAUUUUUUAGUUGUCAGAUGUAAUUGUCAUCUUGGAGACUUACUGCUGAAUAAGCUCACCGUUUCUAGUUCUCUCUGACUGUUGCUGGCUGGUUUGACGCAGCUGACUGAUUGAAACUGGCUUUUGCCGGAACUGCUCUGCUUGGCCUCAUACUAACUUUGGCAAUAUGUUCUAAUCUUGUGGCUUCUCGUUCUCUGGCUCAUUCUAUCUUCACCUGUGUCUAUCUUGUCUCUACAGCCUAUCUUUGUGCAACUGUCUCACUAAAACUGCCUCUUCUCUCAUCUGGGCCGGGUGGCACACGUGUGUAGUCCCAGCACUUGGGGAAGCAGAGGCCAGCCUGGUCUACAAAGUGAGUCCAGGACAGCCAGGGAUAUACAGAGAAACCCUGUCUAGAAAAGACACCAAAAACAAACAAACUGCCCCUCUCCUCCUUCCUAAAGACACCAAAAACAAACAAACUGCCCCUCUCCUCCUUCCUCUGCACUGCUCUCUCAAGUCAACUCUCUUUCCUCCCUGCUCUUGAACAGGAAUAAGAGUUGAACAUCUCUUAUUCUGUCAAAUCUUUCUCUGAUUCAUCACUUUGUCUGCCUCCCAAUUAGAUAUCACUUUCAAAAACAUGGGUGCUUCCUUCCACAAAUUAACCUUGACUACAUUGUUAGGGAUUAAAGGUGUGUACUAAGGACACGUCUGCAUUCCAGCAAGAUCACACUGUAAUCCAGGGCAUGUCUGCAUAGCCCCUGACACACCCACACUUUCCUGUGUGUGCACUAUGGUGCCCAUGUGCUCAGAGGACAACUUUUGGGAGUUGAUUUUUCCUUCCACUUUUUUUUAAAGGAUUUAUUUAUUUUAUGUCUAUGAGUGCUCUAUCUGCAGGCCAGAAGAGAGCAGCAGAUGACAUUAUAGAUGGUUGUGAGCCACCAUGUGGUCACUGGGAGUUGAACUUUUUGAUUUAUGUGUGUAUGUAUUUAUGUGCACUGUGUCUGUGUGCUGGUGCCUACAAAUGCUAGAUGAGGGUGGUGGAUUUCCUGGAACUGGAUUACAAAAUGAUAUUGAACCACCAUGAAGGUGCUUGGAACCAGAUCCCAGUCCUCUACAAGAGCUAAAAAUGCUCCUAACCCCUGAGCCAUCCCUCCAGCUCCUCCACCUUGCCUCUAAGGCAGGGUUUCUUCUGUCGUUUCACACUCCAGUUCUGCACACUUUGACUGCUCUUUCUGUUUUUGACUAUCUCACUCAAUGGGAUUACAAGUGUGUAGCAAUACAUGUGAACUAUGGGGAUAGAACUCAGACUGCUGGGCUUGCAUACAAGUGCUUUUUUCACUGAGCAUCUUUGGCCCCUCCAUCUUGAAUUUUAAGAAAAAAAUUUUACUGAACAUGGAGCCCAUUGACUGAGAGGGCUGCCUGUCUCCCCACCAGCACCGAAGUUAGCAGAUGUGCUGCGCCGCACCAGCCUUAUAUGGGGUCCUCAUGCUGCAUGUCAGGUGCUUUGCCCACUGAGCCAUUUCUCUGGCUCCCGAAAAGAUUUUCUAAGCACUGUUCUAUAAUCAUAUUUUAAUGUGUUUUUAUUUUGAGUAAUGUGGAAAGUUGACCUCAUGUUACCUAUUUGUAUUUACAAUCCAGACUGGAAAAUUUCUAUUGUCAGUUACCUAAAAAGAUAAUAGGAAUAAAACACUAUAAGACUUUUUAAGUGUUUGUGUUUAUAUGUCUAUGUGUUUGUCAGCUGUAUGGAAGCCCUCAAAGGUGUUCAGAUUUAGACCCAGGACAAGUGGCUCAAAGUGGACCUGGCCUCCAGGUUCUCCCAGCAUCCCUUAGUCCCUACCUGUUACAGGGCAUGGCUAGCAUAUCCACCCUCUACCCUGAACUUUGUAGCCCAGGAACGGGGCUUCCUGUCCCCCAGAGGCAUGUCACUAUAUAAUCCAGACAUUUUGGUUCUGUGCCUCUGCAUUUCUUGCUCCGCACAUGCUCAUUCUUUAUCUUUCCCCUCCCCUCCAUCUUCCUCUGCUUGGUUACUUCUGAAGCUCUGUUCUUUGGGACCAAUGAACCCACCAGAGAGCUGCCCUAAAUAAACACGCCUUUAUACUUUAA